AUGGGCAUCCAUGCUGUUAGCGUCAUGCUAGAGGCUCUCAAUAGAGACGCCCAACAUGCUACUAUCGCCAAGUUCAUUCAAAAUGAACUUGACGCCGAACGCGAGAAAGUAGCCUUGCUUCACCAACAAGGUUCUCAACAAGCAGAGUUGUUGAGAGAACAGGGUGCUCAACAGUUUGAACUGUUGAGACAGCAGCAGGCUCCUGCUGGUGGGUCGAUGCACUCGCGUCGACCCGAAACCUUGAAGAUUGACAUCUCCAAGUAUAGGGGAGUCGAAGAGGACUCCGUCUUGAGAUGGUUCGUCGAAUUGGAUGACGCCAUAAGGGCGCGUCGCAUCGACGACGGGGAUAUGCAAGUUGCAUUUGCCCAGUCAAAUCUGGCAGGACGUGCCAAGACUUGGGCACUGGGGCUCAAGUUGCACGACCCAUAUGCGUUUGGGUCGUUGGAAGUCUUCAAGUCGCGACUCAGACAAACGUUUGAGCCGCCUAGAGCUGAGUUCUGA